UCUCCCCCAUGACCAUUGCAUGUUAGAGCCUUCUUCUCUGUUCUCUCUUCAAAUAGAACUUUCCAUUCAGACCAGUCAACAGCCUUGCUUCUUUUUCUUUUAUAAACCCUAUCGCCCUCCUCUUUCUCCCUCACAUCCUUGGUCCUUCUCUUCCCACAUUUUUGAACUCCUUCCACUUUGAGACAGCUUCAGGUUCUCUCGUACCCUGAUAGGAGAAAGCCCGUAUUGAUCGAUUCCAGGAUCUUUGGAGACGCACUGAUUCUUAAAACCGGUUUCCAGCUCUUGAUCUUAUCUGGGUACGUUGAAUUCCUGUUUUGUUUCCGUCUUUUAGAUUACAGAGGAGUUUGGGUUUUUCUUCUCCGACGAAAUUCUUUCUUUUUCCAUUUCUUAUUUUUUUGGGGGACAAUUCCAACUGGGAUCUCUACUACUGUAAUAAUCAAUAAGAAUCUUUCAUCCUGAAACUGAGUAGACCUACAGAGGGAAUCAUAAAAUAAAGCCACAAUCUACGGACUUCGGAAUUCUCUCGUUUAUCGACCACACCGUUCAUCAUGGCUAGAGUUUUCAGUCCUGUGCUGUUUUUAUGUGUAUUUAUUUCUCUCUUCCUUUCGUCCUCUGCUCAAACCUGCCGAAGCUAUUCUUUCUCCAGCAACAGGCAGUUCAGUUCCUGCAAUGAUCUUCCCGUCUUGGAUUCCUUCAUCCACUGGACGUACGAUGAAUCAUCUCAAACCCUCCAAAUUGCCUACAGACACACUAAGGUUAGUUCCUCUAGUUGGGUUGCUUGGGCUAUCAAUCCGAGCUCGACGGGCAUGAUCGGAUCACAGGCUCUUGUUGCUUACCAGCUUUCCAAUGGCACCGCCUUUGCUUACACAUCACCUGUGACUAGCUAUAGUACCAGUCUGGCGCCGGGGAGUCUUAGUUUUACAGUCUCAAAUUUAUCGGCGACUUAUGUGAACGAAGAGAUGACUAUUUUUGCUACUCUGCAAUUACCCAACAAUAGCACCACUUUGAAUCAGCUCUGGCAAGUGGGUCCACUUGAAGGGGACACUCCUUCCACUCAUUUAACCAGUGGAGACAAUGUCAAAUCCAAAGGAACUUUGAAUUUACUUUCAGGAGGGGCGACAACCACAGAGAACACCACCACGACGGAGAACAACACUACAGGGAACCCUUCGUCCUCUGCUCAAGCCUGCUCAAGCUAUUCCUUCUCCAGUAAUACGCAGUUCAGUUCUUGCACUAGUCUUCCCGUCUUGAAUUCCUUCCUCCACUGGACUUACGAUGAAUCAUCUGGAACCCUCCGAAUCGCCUAUAGACACACCGGCGUUAGUUCCUCUAAUUGGGUUGCUUGGGCUAUCAAUCCAAGCUCGACUGGAAUGAUUGGAGCACAGUCUCUUGUUGCUUACCAGCACUCCAACGGCACCGUCCUUGCUUACACAUCACCUGUGACUAGCUAUAGUACCCGUCUGGAGCAGGGGAGUCUUAGUUUUGAAGUCUCAGAUUUAUCGGCGACUUAUGGUAACGAAGAGAUGAUAAUUUUUGCUACUCUGCAAUUACCCAACAACAGCCCCACUGUGAAUCACCUCUGGCAAGUGGGUCCACUUAGUCAGAAUACUCCUUCCAUUCAUUCAACCAGUGGAGACAACGUCAAUUCUAGAGCGACUCUGAAUUUACUUUCAGGAGAGGCGACAACCACAGGGAGCUCAAUCAGGAGGAGGAGGAAUGUUCAUGGAGUAUUAAAUGCCGUCAGUUGGGGUACGUUGAUGCCUCUCGGUGCCAUCAUAGCAAGAUACUUGAAGGUAUUCAAGUCUGCAGAUCCGGCAUGGUUUUACCUUCAUGUUGCUUGCCAGACUUCUGCCUACAUCGUUGGUGUUGCCGGAUGGGCUACCGGAAUCAAACUCGGCAGUGAUUCUUCCGGCAUUGUGCAUCGUGCCCACAGGAACAUAGGGAUCGUCCUCUUCUGCCUUGGCACUCUUCAGGUCUUUGCCUUGCUUCUGAGACCCAAGAAGGAUCACAAGUACAGAUUCUACUGGAACAUUUACCACCACUCAAUUGGUUACAGUGUCAUCAUCCUUAGUGUCGUCAACAUCUUCAAAGGCUUCGACAUAUUGGAUCUUGAUAAUGAGAACUGGAAGAGAGCAUACAUUGGGAUAAUUGCAUUCUUGGGUUUCAAUGCUUUGCUGUUGGAGGCCAUUACAUGGAAGAUAGUUCUAAAGAGAAGGUCGAGGAAUUCUGAGAAGUCCCACCAUGGAGCAAAUGGGGUUAAUGGAUAUGGUGCUCGGUCUCAACAGGUGUAGAGAUAGAGAGAGAUGCUGGCCCGAUCUCUGUCUCUGUUUUCACAGACUUCUUUUUUCUUCUUCUCUGCUCUUUGAUUUGAUUUAUAGUCAUGUUGUAACUCCUCUGUAUUAAUUUGAUUGCCUGUUUUAUUUUUGAGGGUAGUUCUUAUACAACCUAUAUAUUCAGGGAGGUUGUUAGGCUAGAAGUAGAAGCAAUUCUUUCUUUAGAGUAUUAUAGUUUGGGAACUCGGUGGAGAUGCAUGUAUUUUUCUCUCCCUUGUGUAUUGUGUAUGCUCCAUGUUGCUUUAUCUAGAGGAAUUUUUCUUUUCUUUUAUCAA